CUUGUUUGAGGCGUGUUUGGAAUUUAAUUGAUUCCUGCUUCUAUUUCUGCUGUAGCGAAUGACUGGUUUAACACAUUACCGGGAGCAUGAUACUAAAUUUCCCUUCAGUCUCUUCCUAAAUUUCCGCGAGUUGCCUUCGUCUCUUCAGCCGUUUUCCUCUUCCCCUUCCUCUCCCCAUUUCGCAGGCUAGAGAAUUCCUCCCUACUCCCUCUCAUUUCGUCGUCUUCACUCUUCAAUUCUUGGUUUUUCACUCUUCAGUUCUUGAGUGAUUCUCUGUGACUGCUUCAGAGAUUCUUCAUUCUUCCAUGCCAGUCUGCAAAAGGGUUAAAACUUGUAAGAAAUUCUUCUCAAUUCCACUAAACCCUCGCCUCUAUCUCACUUAUUUCUUCGUGUCUUCAUUAUCUCCUGCAAUAGGAAGGAAUGCAUAAUGCCUCGAUACAGAGAUGAGCCUUCUGCAAUCCGGGUCUACACGGUUUGCGAUGAAUCCAAGUUUUUGAUUGUGAGGAAUGUUCCAGCCCUGGGGUGUGGUGAUGAUCUCGCAAAAUUGUUUUCUUCUUAUGGGAAACUUGAAGAAUGUAAACCCAUGGAUGCUGAAGACUGUGAACCAUUUACUGAUGUCUACUGGGUCAAGUUUCAAAGGAUAGAAAAUGCCAGGUAUGCUAAAAGGAAAUUGGACGAGUUUGUAUUCCUAGGGAACAGGAUUCAGGUCUCAUAUGCACCUCACUAUGAGAGCCUCUCUGAUACAAAGGAGAAGUUGGAAGGCAGGAGAAGGGAAGUUCUAACACGACCUAAGUCUCAAAGGUGCAUAAAUUCUGCAAUCCACAGGCUAGAUGGUGUGAGCACAUCGAUAAUCUCUUCAACCUCCUCACAUAUACACUGCACCUCUAAAACGUUGGGUAUUAAUCAAAGUCAGUUCAUGAAGUCACAAGAGACCAACUACAACAGAGAUGCUUCUAUGACUAUUUGUGCAGUAUCUUCUGAAAAGGAAUAUUUUCCAUCACAAUCUAUGAACCAAACUGUUCACUUCGUCAGGGAUAAACUAAGCAAGAUAAAAUCCAGUGCAGAAGAAUCGGAAGCUGGAACAUCCAAGAAAGCUCGAGUAGACAACAGAAGGAGAAUUUGACAGUUAUGGGCAAGUUAAGAGAAUAUUUUCUUGCUUUCCACAAGGUUUUUUUUGCCUCACCUACUGAUAUCCUGGAAUUGCUUUGCCUGCUAAAUUUACAUUCAAGGUGCUAUAAGUGCUCCAAGUUAUUGGCAAUGUGGAAUUAGUAUGAGAGUUGAAUGAACCGUACAAUUGUUUGCCAUAGCUAUGCCUUGUACUUCAAGAUUCCUUUUGCUUUAGUCAUGCCUUCGUUAUUUAUGUGAUGUGCAUGUAAGUUACAAAUUGCACAAGGCUUUGUUUUCAAUCCCCAUAUGAUCAGUCCAUUCUUUCACUUGUUGAACGUGAUUUUCACCAUUGUUCACGUGGUAAUCAACAUGUAUAAACUCUAUUUAGAUCCUAUAUUCCAUAAUAAGGUAUCACAAUAUGUGAUUUUAAAAAGGAAUAUAGCAUCACUCCAACAUGACAUUCCGGUCAGCUUUAAUAUCACUCAACAGGUUUAUGCUGAUGUUGCAGCUUGGUGCAAGUUGUUCCAGAAAAUCAUUGCUAUCAUGAUUUUGGUCAUCAAAUACUUCUGCUGCGACAGAAAGUGAUGCUUGAACUGUUGUCCAAAUAUCCCAGAGGAGAGGAUGUGGGUAAUGGAACGGUCUGGCUUGACAUGGAAUGCUCACUUAGCCUGCCAUCUUCCUGGAAAAGUAAUGUGUACAUUACACAUCAAUUUUCAAGAACUCAGCAAUUGGUCAGACAUCUCUAGAUUUAUGUCUUCAAUAGGGGCCGAGGGCCCAUAUACUCUAUCAAUAACAAUCUGUAAUGUGUAGAAAAUAAAAUCAUAUUAUGUAAUAAAUAAUGCGUAGUAUAUGUAAAUGGCAACUGCGAUUGAAGCAGAACAUCAAUAACUAAGAAAGAGUAAGAAAUAUAAUAGAAAACUAGAUCAAACCAGUUAAAACGAAAAAAAAAGAGAUAAUGGGAGUGGGAACUAAUUAAAAUAAUCCUGCCUAGAAAAUAAAGAGAAUAAAACAAUAAACAAUAAUAAAAAAUAAUGAAGAGGAGAAUUAGGCAUGGAACGGGAUUGGGCUGGGCCGGGCUCUGGGUCCAAAUUAUUCAAGCCCGGUACCGGCCUGGGUUAGUACCGGGGUCGGGCCGGGUCGGGUCGGUCUCCAUUUUUUUUGUUUUUUGUUUUUGGGUAAUUUCGAAUUAUUUCCAACCCUCCCCACCCCAAACCCCCCAAACCGCCCAGCCCCACCCAUCUACCUGCCAAUCCAACGCCAAAAAAGAAAAAAAAAUAUUUUGGCCCGGACCGGGCCUGAUCCCAUUGUCUAGCCCGUAGGCCGUAGCUCGCCUCUUUAAGCCAUCGGUCUGGGCCCCAGUCCGGGCUGACCGGGCCGGGUCAGGCUUACAAAUAUGAUCAGUUAUGUUAGCAAUAUACUUCGUAUAACACACACAAUCAAUUAAAGCAUCGAGCACUAUGCAUAACUAGCCUUGCUUGUACCCAUUAGAGCAUUUCCGAUGCUCUUGGUGGUGCAUUGCUGCUGAUGUGACAAUAUGAUGAAAAUUAUCUACGAUGUAUUUGAUAUGUGGGACAACUGUCUUACAAAUGAGAUAGUCUACACUCUAUAAGAAUGAUGCUCCCAUUCUAAAUGAAAAUUAUAAGUUAAAAUUAUUAAAUUAAAUAAAAACUGAAACAUGAAAAAGAAAGUCACCCACCACGAAAACUUACCUUAGUUCCUGGAACUUUCUAUGAGAAAAAGUAUGGAGAAGCUGACAAGACAAGCCAGGAAGGAAAUGUAACUUACCUUCUUAAAAUUUCAACAUCCUAUCAAGUGAAGAAAUGUAAAUUUAACAUAUAAAUUCAAACAAGUAAUUCAAGUAACAAAUAAUAGCCCUAUAUGAGAAUACAAGGGUGCAAAUCUUUUGAGAUGGGGAGGAGACCCACUUUUCAAAUUCGAAAUCUUGCCUGUGUAAGGUUUCCCCAAAAAUGAACAGUUUAUUCAUAAGUUCGAUACCAUAGAAUUAAAUUGCUCUUUGAAUUUCUUCUUACAGAAUAAGUAGAUAACAUUGAGAAUAUAGACUAGGUUUUAUCUACAAAAUUAU